AUGAAGAUACCUAGGGGCAGAGUGUGCUUGGAGUCAGAGAACAAGGACACUGGUGUGGCUGGUCGUAAACAGUUUUGUCACUGGCCCUGCAAAUGCCCUCAUCAGAAGCCCCGUUGCCCUCCUGGAGUGAGCCUGGUGAGAGAUGGCUGUGGAUGCUGUAAAAUCUGUGCCAAGCAACCAGGGGAAAUCUGCAAUGAAGCCGACCUCUGUGACCCACACAAAGGGCUGUAUUGUGACUACUCAGUAGACAGGCCUAGGUACGAGACUGGAGUGUGUGCAUGUAAGUCUGUUGGAUGCGAGUUCAACCGGGUACAUUAUCAUAAUGGCCAAGUGUUUCAGCCCAACCCCUUGUUUAGCUGCCUCUGUGUGAGUGGGGCCAUUGGAUGCACACCUCUGUUCAUACCAAAGCUGGCUGGCAGUCACUGCUCUGGAGCUAAAGGUGGAAAGAAGUCUGAUCAGUCAAACUGUAGCCUGGAACCAUUACUACAGCAGCUUUCAACAAGCUACAAAACAAUGCCAGCUUAUAGAAAUCUCCCACUUAUUUGGAAAAAAAAAUGUCUUGUGCAAGCAACAAAGUGGACUCCCUGCUCCAGAACAUGUGGGAUGGGAAUAUCUAAUAGGGUGACCAAUGAAAACAGCAACUGUGAAAUGAGAAAAGAGAAAAGACUGUGUUACAUUCAGCCUUGUGACAGCAAUAUAUUAAAGACAAUAAAGAUUCCCAAAGGAAAAACAUGCCAACCUACUUUCCAACUCUCCAAAGCUGAAAAAUUUGUCUUUUCUGGAUGCUCAAGUACUCAGAGUUACAAACCCACUUUUUGUGGAAUAUGCUUGGAUAAGAGAUGCUGUAUCCCUAAUAAGUCUAAAAUGAUUACUAUUCAAUUUGAUUGCCCAAAUGAGGGGUCAUUUAAAUGGAAGAUGCUGUGGAUUACAUCUUGUGUAUGUCAGAGAAACUGCAGAGAACCUGGAGACAUAUUUUCUGAGCUCAAGAUUCUGUAAAACCAAGCAAAUCGGGGAAAAGUUGGUCAAUCCUGUCAUAUAAUAAAAAAAUUAGUGAGUAUAAAAUGGUGGUAAAUCUACUUUGUGUAAAACAGUAUGAAUGCCUAUUCUCAGAUCACUACAUUUAAGGCAUUAGAAGCUUUUAAAAAGUUAUUCUAAAAAUAUACAUAAAAUUUGAAAAACUUAAAAAUUGAACUCAUUUCUAAAAUAUAUCCUAUAAUUAUAUAACACACAGACAUUUGGUACCAUCUAAGCAUUUUGUAUAUGAAAAAAUUAUGCAAUUUACAAGAAAAUAUUUUACAAAAUAAUCUGGAAUACUUGCUAAAGCUGUAUAAAAAGCAUACUAAAUUUUAGGCUGGGCACAGUGGCUCAUGCCUGUAAUCCCAGCACUUUGUGAGGCCAAGGUAGGCA